AUGAGGUCAAUCCAAGUCCAUGCCAUCAAUCUCUCAGACAUUGAGCAGAAGAUCGAUGAGAUCUCUCAAAAGAUCGAUGAGAUCUCCCAGACCAGCAACAAGCGACCGGCCUUAAACGAUAAAGGUCUUGGAUACGAAGGCAUUUUCUGUUCUCUGGCCAAUUUCGAACGAUUACUCUUUCCCGACAAAUCCAUAUCAGAAUUCGUUUUAAAAAGCAGAGAAGCAUCCCCUAUGGCCUUCGUCAUGGAGAAGAUCCAAGAACAUCGCACAGCACUCAGCAUGCCAUCAGAGGAUCUGGUUAAGGAAAUCUUCAGCCUGGAGGCGCAUGUCAACCAGAACUUCAAUAAGUUUUCGAAGUCAAUCCGACCAACUCAAUCUAUCAAGGGCGUACCAUCAGUGGGAGAUUCUUUACCUGCUAUCCUAGCAGGCUUGGAACAAAUGAACUUUGACUUGGGACCUAUCGACUACUGGAUGUUCGAGAAAAGAGAUUUUGCCAUUAUCGUCGGAUAUUAUACUGGAGCGGCGGGAUACUAUGUCAGUCCAGAUUUCGCUCGUACUGAAGCGCAGUUGCGUCAACUCGGAACAGGAAUGAUUCGUGGUACUUGUUUAAUUAGAGAGCUGGAAGAGUAG